UCAUUACGUCGUGCGUCGGUUUGUUUACUGUCUAAGCGUGCAGGGAGGGUGGGCGCUAACGGCACAGAUUUUCACACUGAAUCUCUUCCCCCCGCUGGACCAAAAUUUCUUGCACAAUGCAGCGGUCCUACGAAACCCGAUAGUGACAGCCGUUCGCAGUUUUACAGGAAGGCUUUUGUUUUUGACGACAGAACCGAAGUCCGACAUGAAAACAUGAAGCUGCCUAACCAGCGGUGCUAAUGCUAACACGGCGAGUCAGCGAGCUGUCAGAUUUCAGGGUUUCAUAUAGAAGAAUUGAGUGUCGCUGGUUUUGUUGUGUUGAAACUUGGCACUGGGCGCAUGACUGACAGCGUCUACUUCGUUACGGAUGCCGACAGGACGACGCGCAAGUUUAUAGCAAAUUUGUAGGAAGACGGUGUCAGGCAAAAUGGUGUUAAGAAGCUCCUGGAAAUCACGACAUAAAAACAGCUGUGGACCUGCUCCCCGUUGGAUCCGACCAGGAUUGGCUGCCCUGCUCUGGUUAUGUGCGAUUCGGUUAGCUUGCGGCAUUGAGGUGGGGGAGAUCAAAAACAUCAUCCAGAAAGAUGCGGAGUUUGAUGCCAACUAUAAUGACAUGGUUACGAGUGAAAACCAGACCAUUUACGCGUUUAAUCACACCAUCUCUCGGAAUAAGACUGAGGGAGUGCGUGUGUCUGUGGACGUGUUAUCCAACAAGUCGGAGAGCCCAAUCUUGUUUGUAGUGCGACAGAAGCAAGGCGUCCUGUCUUUUCAAGUCCCCCUCAUUCUCAGAGGCCUCUAUCAGAGGAAGUACCCUUACUACGAUGUGGGCAGGACACUGUGCCAACCUCCAACCCGGGCCGCCUCGGAGACCCAGUACUUCUUUGUGGACGUGUCUACCCUGUCCAGUCAGGGUACAAACUACCAGCUCAGAGUGAGCCGUGUUGAAAGUUUCACCCUGCAAACAAACAAGAAAUUCAGCUUCACCGCAUCACCAUCCCAACCUCAGUAUUUCAAGUAUGUCUUCCAAGACGGGGUGGAUACUGUGAUCGUCAAGGUCAACUCGGACAUGACUUUCCCCUGUUCUGUCAUGUCCAUCCAGGACAUCCAGUGCCCCAUUUACGACCUUGACAACAACGUGGCCUUCAUUGGGAUGUACCAGACUAUGACAAAAAAAGGUGCCAUCACCGUGCAGAGGAAAGAUUUCCCCAGCAACAGUUUCUACGUGGUGGUGGUGGUAAAAACUGAGGACGAGGCAUGCGGCGGCCCGCUGCGCUUCUACCCUCUGAGACCCGAUCAGCUGAUUGACGCCGGCAAUCGCAGCAAGGCCCUCGAUGUGAUGGUCUCACCCGCAAUCAACUUGGAGGUGUACGUGAUGGGAAUGCUGUUCUGUUUGGGGAUCUUCUUCUCAUUCUACCUCCUGACCUUGCUCUGUGUCUGUCUAGAGCGUGCACGACUGAACAAGAGGAGAAAUGUGUUUCUGAAUCCUGCCGACAUGUCACCUGCUGAGACAGCCUCUCUGCUCGGGAAGAACAGCGACGGAAAAACUCCAGCCUCACCAAAUGAAUAUGGCUCAUUUGCCGACAACGGCAGCACAAUGAGUUCAGAGGCCAUUACCGACAGCGCCACUUCAACUGACAACAACUAUGGAUACAUGGAGCGAUCGCUGGAAAGUGUCGCACGGAGCAGGCAGGAGUCUUUGAGCUCCAUUGAGGAGGAUGACUAUGACACACUGGAUGACAUACACUCCGACAAGAACAUUGUUCGCACAAAGAAAUUUCUGUACGUGGCUGACUUGGCCCGCAAAGACAAGAGGAUCCUCAGCAAGAAGUACCAAAUCUACUUCUGGAACAUUGCUACGAUUGCUGUGUUUUACGCCCUGCCAGUCGUCCAGCUGGUCAUCACCUAUCAAACGGUUGUCAAUGUUACAGGAAACCAGGACAUCUGCUACUACAACUUCCUGUGCGCCCACCCGCUCGGAGCUCUAAGCGCUUUCAACAACAUCCUCAGUAACCUUGGUUACGUGAUGCUGGGGCUCCUCUUUCUCCUCAUCGUCCUCAAGAGAGACCUCGCCCAAAAUCGUGCUCUGGAGCGGCAUGACGUCAACGCGCUGGAGUGCGGUAUCCCAAAGCACUUUGGCCUCUUCUAUGCCAUGGGAACUGCUCUGAUGAUGGAGGGUUUGCUCAGUGCCUGCUACCACGUCUGUCCCAACUACACCAACUUCCAGUUUGACACCUCCUUCAUGUACAUGAUUGCUGGACUGUGUAUGCUGAAGCUCUAUCAGAAGAGACACCCGGACAUCAACGCGAGCGCUUACACCGCUUACGCCUGCCUCGCUGCUGUCAUCUUCUUUUCUGUGCUGGGAGUGGUAUUUGGGAGAGACAACACAGCCUUCUGGAUUGUUUUCUCUGUGAUCCACAUUCUGGCCACGCUGCUGCUCAGCACACAGCUCUACUAUAUGGGUCGAUGGAGGCUCAACGCUGGGAUCAUGCGUAGGAUAGUUUACGUCAUCUACACAGACUGCAUCAGGCAGUGCAGCGGGCCGAUGUACAUUGACCGCAUGGUUCUGCUUGUGAUGGGGAACAUAGUCAACUGGUCUCUGGCUGCCUACGGCCUCAUACAGAGACCCAACGACUUUGCCUCGUACCUGUUGGCCAUCGCCAUCUGUAACCUGUUGCUCUACUUUGCCUUUUAUAUCAUCAUGAAGCUGCGGAGCGGUGAGAGAAUCAAGUGUCUGGCGCUGGUGUGUAUUCUCUUCACGGCGGUUGUGUGGGGCUUUGCGCUGUAUUUCUUCUUCCAGGGUCUCAGCACCUGGCAGGUUAGCCCAGCUGAGUCUCGUGAGCACAACAGGGACUGCAUCCUGCUAUCAUUCUUUGACGACCACGACAUUUGGCAUUUCCUGUCCUCCAUCGCCAUGUUUGGAUCCUUCUUGGUCCUCCUGACCAUGGACGACGACCUCGACACCGUCCAGAGAGACAAAAUCUACGUCUUCUAGAUUUGCCAGAUCUGCGAAGAGCUCUGCUCUUUCUCUCUGCCUUAUCACCCUGUCUGUUUGCAUCCCCUCCAUCUUUUUCAAAAAGCACAGCCAGUAGCCUGUUUCUGGGCUGUCGAUGAGCACCUCUCUGCCUCGUGGAGAGUCGGGGAGGAGCAACAGGCCCCUCCCUCUACCUGCGUGGACACUAAUGUGCCAAUAGAAGCCGGAACGUCGUCGAGCGAUGCUGAAGUGUUUCGUCCUCUCGCUGCCAUCAUCGAUGUAACUGUUGUGAGCACCGUUUACUGCUGACGAUUAACGGUGUGCAUUCUCGCUUGACACGAAACUCGUCCACUUUAACUUAUUUUCUAUUGUCUGCAUUACAUUUGGCCUGGAAGUCAGCAAUGUAUUUUAAUUACUGUUUGUAGCCUGUUUAUAUGCUGUGUGUGUUUGUACAGGUGUGUGCGUGCGUGCGUGCGUGUUUUCAAAAAUAAUUGCGGGAAGAUGAAUCCUGUCCAGUCUGUGGCCUUCAAUGUUCUAAUCAUAGUAGUCACAAUACUGUGUUCUGAUUGGUCAGAUCUGCAAGCUAGCCGUCCUCCUCCUUGAGGGAAUAUCCAUGAAGACAUGAUUGUAUUUACUUGUAACUGCCCUUAAGUGUGACUCUUAAAGGUAUUUUUGCACUCUACAAAAAAUGAAUUUUAUUGUCAGGCAUUGCAGUGAAAGGAUACUCAAUAAAGGUCUUUUCUGAA